CAUCGGUCUGCGCGGUCGCGGCGCGAACGUUUGGGACGUGCGCCGCUGGGUUCCUGGUGUCCGGUUCCCGCGGAGAGGACCCCGGAGGGUUUCACGAGCCCAGAGAUGGUUCCUAUGGCUUGAGUGCUGUCCCAUCCUCCUGCACAGAUAAGUUGUAUGUUUUAGGAGUCUGUGGUCUUUGAGGAUGUAGCUGUGGACUUCACUCAGGAGGAGUGGACUUUGCUGGAUCCUGCUCAGAGGAAGCUGUACAGAGAUGUGAUGCUGGAAACCUUCAGGAACCUGGCCUCAGUAGAUGAUGAGAAUCCAUUUAAGGCCAUUGGGUCAGUUUCUCAACAGAAUACUCAUGACAAAAAAAUAUCCAAGGAAGAUAAAAUACUACUAUUUACAAGAAACGAUUCUUGGGCUUCCAUUUUAGGAAAAAUUUGGGAAGGCUUUAGCAUUAAAGAUCCACAUAAAAAACAGGGGAUACCUCUGAGAGAUUAUAUGGUUGAGAGACUCUGUGAAAGUAAUGGAGGUAAUCAAUGGGGAGAAACCUUCAGCCAGAUUCCAAAUCUUAAUCUGUACAUGGAAACAGCUACUAGAGUCAAUCCAAAUGAAUGCACUGAGUGUGGAAAAGUCUUUAUUUCUCGUUCAUCAUUUAAGAGACAUGUUGCAAGUCACAAUGGACAGAAACCAUAUCAAUGUUUGGAAUGUGGGAAAGGCUAUUGUUAUCCAUCGGAACUAAAAAGGCAUGUGGGAAUUCACAGUGGAGAAAGACCUUAUGUGUGUGAGUUAUGCUGGAAAACCUUCUUUCAUGUCCGAUCCUAUCAAAGGCAUGAAAUGGUUCAUAGGAAAGAGAAACUAUAUGGAUGUAAGCAGUGUGGAAGUACGUUCAGUUUUCUCGAAUCCUUUCAAAGGCAUGAAAGGACUCACAGUGAAGAGAAAUUCAAUGAAUGCAAGGAGUGUGGGAAGGUCUUUAAGUGGCCCUCAUCUUUAACAAGACAUAUGAGAACGCACAGUCAAGAUAAACCCUAUGAAUGUAAGCACUGUGGCAAAGCCUUCAAAUGGCCUAUAUCUUUACAGACACAUAUGAGAACACACACCAAAGAUGAAUCUUACAAAUGUAAGCGAUGUGGGAAAGCUUUCAUUUGGCCCAUAUCAUUACAUACACAUAAGAAAUCACACUGUGGAGAGAAAUCCUAUGAAUGUAAACAAUGUGAGAAAACUUUCAGUUCACCCAUAUACUUACAAAGACAUAUGAGAGUGCACACUGUAGAGAAACUUUAUGAAUGCAAUCAGUGUGGGAAAACAUUCCAUUGGCAGUGUUCCUUACAGAGCCAUUUGACAACACAUUCUGGAGCCAAACCCUAUGAAUGUAAAAAUUGUGGGAAAGCCUUCAGGUGGCGUAUAUCCUUACGAGAACAUAUGAGAAAGCAUUCCGGCAAGAUAGCUUAUGAAUGCAAGGAGUGUGGGAAAGCAUUCUCGUAUCUCCAAUCCCUUCGAAGCCAUGAAAGGACUCACAGCCAAGAGAAACUCUAUGAAUGUAGGCAGUGUGGGAAAGGCUUCAUUCAACCAUUCUACCUUCGACGACAUGUGAGAAUUCAUACUGGCGAGAAACCUUAUGAGUGUAAGGAAUGUGGGAAAGCCUUUAAGAGUCCCUCAUCUUUACCAACACAUAUGAGACUACACACUGGAGAGAGACCAUAUGAAUGUAAGAAAUGUGGGAAAGGUUUUAAUUCUUCUUCUGCUUUAAAAUAUCACACGGGAACACAUACAAGAGAGGAAUAUUAUAAAUGUAUGAUGGGAAAGUAUCCUAAAAAGUAAUUAAUGUAUCAUGCUCUGUAAAAUUCAUGCCAGGAUGAAAAUCUUAUAAAAAUUGUAAAUGUGUUAUUGCCUUCAUUAGUACCUCAUCCUUAAAGUGGUUUGGUAGGUUGUGUAUUUCUGCUUACUACUUUUCAGAAAUAAAUACUAAGGGAGAAAUAAUUUUGUAAGUACUCUUUUAACUAUAGUAUGUAAGUUUCGUCCAAACAAACUGUUAUGGAUUGAAUUGUGUCCUCCAAAACUGUGUGUCACUGUGGCUAGGCCAUGAUUCCCAGUACUGUGUGGUUGCCUCCAUUUUGUGACCGGAGGUAAAUAUCCUAUGUGUUGUAAAUGCUAUUCUCUAUUAUGUUAAUGAGACAGGAUUAGAGGUAGUUACGUUAAUGAGACAGGACAAUCUACAGGGUUAGGUUAUAUCACGAGUCAGUCUCUUUUGAAAUAUAAAAGAGAGAACGCAGAGAGGAGAGGGACCUGAUUGCCACCAAGCAAGAAGAUCCAGGAGUAGAGCACAUCCUUUGGACCUGGUGUCCAUGCACUGAGAAUCUCCUAGAACAGGGUUAAGAUUGAUGUAAAAGGCAUUCCCCAGAAUUCACAGAGAAACCAAGCUUUCCCAUGGAGCUGGUGCACUAAAUUUGGACUUCCAGCCUCUUAAACUUUUAGACAAUAAAUUUCUGUUUGUUAAAGCCAUCCACUUGGGAUAUUCUGUUAUAGCAGUACUAGAUUUUUUUUUUUUUUUUUAGAUAACUAACAUAUAAACCCGUUGCCAUCUUGUCAAUUCUGACUCAUAAUGAUCCUAUAGGACAGAGUAGAACUGUCCCAUAGGGGUUCCAAGUCUAUAAAUGUUUACAAAAGCAGAGUGCCACAUCCUUCUGCCGUGUAGCAACUGGUGGGUUUGAACUGCCAACCUUUCAGUUAGCAGCCAAACAUUUUAACAGUACGCCACCAGGGCUCCUCAAGUUUUGACAGGUAGUAUUUUUUUUUUUUUACCUUUAGUAAGUAAAAGCUUUGUCUUUCUAGUUUGAAGUCAAUAGACCCCUGAAUAUUUUGAGGUUCGUUUUUAAUAUGAGCAUAGGCUUGCAUUUUAUGUAAUUUUUUAAGUGUUUUGUAAGUAAUGAUUAUUAGAAUAAUAACGGAAUUUGUUGGGAUUUUUUUAAUUAGGUGUAGUGUGGUAGAUAGGUGUGCAUCAGCGCUGUAUCCUUUUACCAUACUUAUUCAACCUGUAUGCUGAUUAGAUAAUCCAAGUAAGUGGACUAUAUGAAGAAGACAUCAGGAUUGGAAGAAGACUCGUUAACAACCUGUGUUACGCAGAUGACAAACCUUGCUUACUGAAACUCAAGAGGACUUGAAGUACUUACUAAUGAAGAUCAAAGACCACAGCCUUCAGUAUGGAUUGCACUUUAACAUAAAGAAAACAAAAAUCCUCACAACUGGACCAAUAAACAACAUCUUGAUAAACAGAAAAGACUGAAGUUGUCAGGGAUUUCAUUUUACUUGCACUCACAAUCAAUGCCCAUUGGAGCAGCAGUCAAGAGAUCAAACAACGUAUUGCAUUGGGGAAAUCUGCAAAAAUCUUUAAAGUGAUAAAAGAUGUCACUUUGAAGACUAAGAUGCACCUGACCCAAGUCGUGGUGUUUUCAAUCGCCUCAUAUACUUGAUGAAGCUGGAUAAUGAAUAAGGAAGACUGAUUAAGAAUUGACAACUUUAAAUUAUGGUGUUGGCAAAGAAUAUUGAAUAUACCAUGGACUGCCAGAAGAACAAACAAAUCUGUCUUGGAAGAAGUAUGGCCAAAAUGCUUCUUUCAAACAAGGAAGGUGUGAAUUCAUCUCACAUACUUGGGGCACUUUUUCAGGAGGGACCAAUCUGUGGAGAAGAACAUCAUGCUUGCUAAAGUAGAGGGUCAGUGAAAAAGAGGAAGAGCCUCAACGCGGUGGUGUAUCAACACAGCAGCUGCAGCAGUGGGCUCAAACAUAGCAACAAUUUUGACGAUGGUGCAGGACCAGGCAGUGUUUCAUUCUGUUGUACGUAGGGUCGUUAUGAGUUGGAACUGACCUGACAGCACCUAACAACAACACCAUACUACAUUUCAGUGGCAUUUCAGCAGGCAUAUGUCUUUAAGAGUCUUCACCAUAUGGUCUUCCAGGUGGUACUUCAUUCCUUCAGCAGUGAUUUAUGAUAAUAGAUUUUGAAUGUUGUCCAACAGCACAGCUUAUUAUAUACACAGUUACCAGGAUUCUUACUGGGAGAUGAUCAUAUGAGCACGAACUGCCUAGCAUGUACCAAAAUUCCACACUCUCUCUAGGAAAGCUGGAUUCAUCAUAUUGUGUGCAUAAAUACUUCAGGCACAGUGAGUCACUUUAACAUGCAUAGUGGUUGAAACCAUCCUGAAAUCCAGGUUCUCAUGCGAUAACCAAUGGCCACCUUUGCCGGCAGGCCAUUGUAAGCAUAAGAAGUCCCAUGUCUAUGUUAAUUCUUUCCUGCACACAACAUAAUGGAACUUUGUUACUAGAAUUUAUUAGAGAGCUUUACCAUCAGCAAGUAAGACUCACCUACAGAUCUCACUUCAGCGUGCACCAGCAGUAGGGGUAUUCCUAUACUGCUGCUGCUGCUUUUCUGAAUAGGUCAAUUCUAGCAUCAGAAUUUCUUUUUUCUUAUUUAUUGUGCAUGAGGUGAAAAGACUUGAAUCUUCCUUAACUGUCCUCAGCAUGGAUGUACAUGGGUUUGCUAUGAGUCUGAACAUUUUCCCUGGCACUUAACAAAAAUAAGUGAGGUAAAAAUUCUAUUUUCGUUUUUUAAGUGCAUUUUUAUGUGCCAUAAAGUUGGUUAAGAGUCAUAGGGACCCUAUAUACAGUACAACGAAACAGUACUUGGUCAUGCACCAUCCUUACAGUCAUUGCUAUAUUGUAGCAUUAUUGUAGCCAUUGUGGCAGUCUGGAAACCCUGGUGGUAUAGUGGUUAAGAGCUUUGCUACUGACCAAAAUGUCAGCAGUUCGAAUCCAUCAGGCACUCCUUGGAAGUGCUAUGUGCAGUUCUACUCUAUCCUAUAGGCUCACUAUGAGUCAGAAUCGACUCAACAGCAAUGGGCUUGGGUUUGCUUUUUUGGUAUCAGUCCAUUUCCUCCAGGGUCUUCCUCUUUUUUUGCUGACUCUACCAAGUGUCUUAGUGAUCUAGUGCUGCUGUAACAGAAGUACCACAAGUGGAUGGCUUUAACAAAGACAAAUUUAUUUUCUUACAGUCUAGUAGGUUAGAAGUCCAAAUUCAAGGUGUCAGCUCCAGGGGAAGGCCUUCUCUGUUGGCUCUGGAGGAAGGUCCUUUUCAUCAAUCUUCUGGACUAAGAGCUCCACACACAAACCCCGGGCUCAAAGGACACACUCUGCUUCUGGCACUGCUUUCUUGGUGGUAUGAAGUCCCCAACUCUCCAUUUGCUUCCCUUUUCUUUUAUCUCUUGUAAGAUAAAAGGUGGUGCAGGCCACACCCCAGGGAAGCUCCCUUUACAUUGCAUCAGGAAUGUGACCUAAGCAAGAGUGUUAACAUCCCACCCUAAUCCUCUAACCACAGCAAAGAUUAUGAUUUAUAACACGUAGGAAAAUCAUAAAAUGGAGGACAGCCAUGCAAUACUGGGAAUGAUGAGAUAACCAUGUUGACAUAUAUGUUGGGGGGACACAAUUUUAAUCCGUGACACCAACUGUGAUGUCUUUCUUCAAGGACUAGUCCCUCCUUAUGUUCAAAGUACAUGAGACGGAGUCUAGCCAUCCUCCCUACAAAAGAGAAUUUCUCCCAAGACAGAUUUGUUCGUUCUUCUGGCAAUAUGUGGUAUAUUCAGUAUUCGUCGCCAACACCACAAAUCAAAGGUGUCAGUUCUUCCAUGUUCCUUAUUCAUUGUUCAACUUUCUCAUGCAUGAGGUGAUUGAAAACACCAUGGCUUGGGUCAGGGGCACCUUAGUCCUCAAGGUCACAUCUUUGCUUUUCAACAUUUUAAGGAGGCCUUUUGUAGAAGAUUUGUCCAGUGCAAUACGUUGUUUGCGUUCUUGACUGCUGCUUUAAUGAGCGUUGAUUGUGGAUCCAAGUGAAAUGAAAUCUUUGACAAGUUCAAUCUUUUCUCUGUUUAUGAUGAUGUUGCUCAUUGGUCCAGAUGUGAGGAUUUUUGUUUUCUUUAUGUUGAGGUGUACUCCAUACUGAAGGCUGUGGUCUUUGAUCUUCAUAAAUAAGUCCCUCACAUCCUUUUCUCUUUGAGCAAGCAAGAUUGAGUCAUCUGCGCUUCCUCCAAUCCUGAUGCCAUGUGCUUCAUAUAGUACAGUUUCUGGGAUUAGUUCCUGAGCAUACAGUUUGAAUAAGUAUGAUGAAAUGAUACAAACCUGACGCACACCUAUCCUGACUUUAAACCAUGCGGUAUCCCCUUGUUCUGUCUGAACUGACUCUAAGUCCAGGUCCAGGUUCCUCAUGAGCACAAUUAAGUGUUAGGGAAUUCCUGUCCUUUAAAAUGUUAUCCAUAGUUUGUUAAGAUCCACACAGUUGAAUGCCUUUGCACAGUCAAUAAAACAUAGGUAAACAUUUCUGGUAUUCUCAGUUUUCAGCCCCAGUCCAUCUGACACCAGUAAUGAUAUCCCUUUUUCCACAUCCUCUUCUGAGUUCAGCUUGAGUUCCCGGCAGUUCCCUGUUGAUGUGCUGCUGCAACCAUUUUUUAAUUAUCUUCAACUAAAUUUUACUCGUGUUUGAUAUUAAUGAUAUUGUUUGAUAAUUUCUGUAUUCUCUUGGAUCACCUUACUUUGGAAUGGCACAAAUAUGAAUCUCUUCCAGUCAGCCAGGUAGCUGUUUUUAAACUUUUUGGACACAGUCAAGUGAGCACGUCCAGUGUUGCAUCUGUUUGUUGGAACGUCUCAACUGAUAUUCCAUCAAUUCCUGGAGGCAUGUUUUUCACGAGUACCUUCAGUUCAGCUUGAAUUUCUUCCUUAAAUACCAUCGGUUCGUGAUUUUUGGUACAGUGUCUGUAUAUUCCUUCAUCCCCUUUGGAUGCUUCUUGCAUCAUUCAAUAUUUUCGCCACAGCAUCCUUCAGUAUUACAAUUUGAAGGUUGAAUUUUUUUUCUCCCAUUCUUUCAGCUUGAGAAAUGCUGAGCGUGUUCUUUCCUUUUGGUUUUCUAACUCCAGGUGUUUGCACAUUUCAUUAUUAUACUUUGUUUUCUUGAGCCCUUUCAAAUUUUCCGUUCAGCUCUCUAACUUCAUCAUUUCUUCCGUUUGCUUUAGCUCCUCUACAUUCAAGAGCAAGUUUCAAAUUCUCUUCUGACAUCCAUUUUGGUCUUUUCCUUUCCUUCCUGUGUUUUUAAUGACUUUUUGCUUACUUCGUGUAUGAUGUCCUUGAUGUUGAUCCACAACUCCCUGGUCUUUGGUCAUCAGUUUCUGAGUCAUCCAAUCUGUUUUUAAGAUGGGCUGUAAAUACAGGUAGGUUUUUUUUAAUACACAGGUUCCUACUUUGGCUCCUUUGGACUUUUAAUUUACUUCAGCUUGAACUUGAACUUGGAUGUGAACAAAUGGUGGCCUGUUCUACAGUCGGCCCCUGGCCUCUUCAUCGUAGCUUUCCACAGAUGUAGUUGAUUUGAUUCCUGUGUAUUCCAUUAGGUGAGGUCCACGUGUGUAGUCACUUUAUGUAGUUGAAAAAAGGUAUUUGUAAUGAAGAAGUCUUAUAAAAUUUUAUCACGUGAUCUCCGUUUCUGUCACCAACGUCAUAUUUUCGAACUGCCGAUCCUUUGUUUGCAACUUUUGCAUUCCAGCUAUCAGGAUGCACCUUGAUUGCACGUUUGAUUAAUUUCAGAGUGCAGAAGUUGGCAAAAAUCUUUUGAUUUCUUCACCUUUGGCAUUAGUGGUUGGUGCGUAAGAUACAUAAAAUACAUAAGAUAAAAUACAUAAGAUACAUACCUGUGUUAAUUUGGCAAAAAACAUACAUAACCAAGGAAAUAUUUACCAAUAUCCAUUUCAAAACUUUGUCUUCAAACAUCACACCAUCUAGGCUCAUUUGUCUUAAAUUUUAGACACCUCUGGUUAAAUCACUGUUAUGCAUUGAAUUGUGUCCCCCAAAACAUGUGUCAUCUUGGCUAGGCCAUGGUUUCCAGUAUUUUGUGGCUGUCCUCCAUUUUGUAAUCAGAUGUAAUCAUCUUCCAUAUUCUGGUAUGUUAUAAACCCUGACCUCUGUGUGUUAAUGAGGAAAGGUUAUGUUAAUAAGGCAUGAUUAGGGAGUGCAUGGAAUGCCCUUACUCAGCUUACAGGCCUGACCUGAUGUUAGGGGAGUUUUCCCUGGAGUUUGGUCUGCAUCACCUUUAAUCUUAAUAGAGAUAAAAAGAAAGAGAAGCAAGCAGAGGGAGAGGGACCUCAGUACCAGCAAGAAAGAAGAGCAGGGAGCAGAGCACAUCCUUUGAACCCAUGGUCUCUUGCUAAGAACCUCUUAGACCUAAGGGAAGAUUUGUUUCAAGACACAUGGAGGUCUCCAAGGGUCCCUGGCCCACAGAUGUUUAAAGGAGACAAGGAGCAUCCCCCAAACCAAUAGAGAAACCCUUCGUCUAGAACUUGUGCCCUGAAUUUGGACUUCUGACCGCCUAAACUUUGUUAAAUUUGUGUUUGCUAAAGCCAUCCACUUCUCUUUUUCUUAUGGCAGCACAAGGUAACUAAGUCACUAAUUUGCUACGGUUAGGUCCAACGAAUAUAGGAGUUGUUGUUAGGUGUCAUUGAGUCAGUUCCGACUCAUAGUGACUGUAAUGGUUAAAAUUGUGUGUCAAAUUGACUGGGCCAUGACUCUCAGUGAUUUGAUAGCGGUAUCAUAGUGUGAUCACUUUCAUGAAGAGAUUUGGUAUAAUGUGAUCGUCUCCAUGAUGGGAUCUGCUGUGAGUAGCCAGUCAGUUAAAAGAGUAUUUCCUUGGGAGUGUGGCCUGCAUUGAAUAGAAGUGAAUAUUCUGGCAAGGCUUGUGGGGUUUUGCUCAUUCUGGAUCCUGCAGCUGGCUCCUGUUCAUCCAAUCUCUAGUUCUUGGGACUUGACCUAGCAGCUUACCUACGGUCUUGCCUGCCGAUCUUUGGGAUUCAUUGAUCUUCACAGCCUGUGAACAAGAGCCCUGCUUUCCGACCUGCUGAUCUUGGGGUCGUCAUCCCCUGUGGCUGUGUACAUCUGGAGAGGCCUCUUUCCUUACCCACGGUCUUGGAACGUUCCAGUAGCUACAACUGCAUGAGCCAUUUCCUUGAUACAAAUUUCUCUCUCUAUAUACCUGUUGGAAACUCUGGUGGUGUAGCGGGUAGGAGUUAUGGCUGCUAACCAAAAGAUAUGCAGUUCAAAUCCACCAGGUGUUCCUUGGAAGCCAUAUGGGGCAGUUGUACUCACUAUGAGUUGGAAUCUACUUGACGGCAAUGGGUUUUGGUUUGGAUAUAUAUUUACACACUUCACUGGUUUUGUUUGUCUAGAGAAGCCAGCCUGAGACAGCGACCUUACGUAUGACAAAAGAAACACUGCCUGGUCCUACGUCAUCUUCAAAUAUUGCUAUGCUUGAGCCGUCAUUGCAGUCACUGUAUGGGUCCGUCUUGUUGAGGGUCUUUUUUUUCGUUAACCCUCUGCUUUACCAAGCAUGAUAUCCUUCUCCAGGGACAGAUCCCUCCUGAUAACACGUCCCCUGUCUUUGCUUUAAGGAGCAUUUUCACUGUACUUCUUCUAAGACAGACUUGUUCAUUCUUCUGACAGUCCAUGGUAUAUUUAAUAUUCUUCACCAACACCAUAAGUACAAGGUGUCAAUUCUUCUGUGUUCCUUAUUCACUGUCUAGCUUUCUCAUGCAUAUGAGGGGAUUGAAAAUAUCAUGGCUUGGGCCAUAUGCACCUUAGUCAUCAAAGUGACAUCUUUGCUUUUUAACACUUUAAAGAGGUCUUUGGCAGCAGAUUUGCCCAAUGGGAUGCGUCAUUUGAUUUCUUGGCUCUGGCUUCUAUGGGUGUUGAUCGUGGGUCCAAGUAAGAUGAAAUCCUUGAAAACUUCAGUCUUUGUAUGUUUAUGAUGAUGUUGCUUAUUGCUCCAUUUGUGAGGAUUUUUGUUUUCUUUAUGUUCAGGUGCAAUCCAUACUUAAAGCAGUAGUCUG